AUGAUGUUCUCCUCCAAGCCCAUCCCUGGUAUUUCAUGCACGGUCAGCAAGCGUGGCGGCCCCAUUCCCGGCACUAGUUGCACAGUCAUGCGUAACGACAUCAUUCCUGGCGGCGGCUACACUGUUAGCCGCCGUUAA